AUGCAACCAAAGCCAAAGAAAGAAGACGACGUCCAUUUAACAGUGAAGAAACGGGAGUCGCGAGACGAAGAAGCGACAUUGGCGGAUGGGUAUUUAUACAUCCUUAUUCGAGAAUUUGGGUAUAGUGUGAAGUUAAAACAAACAAAGCACGCAGAGAAAACAAUCAAACUGUACUGCGCAGAGGAACUUUUCAUUGAAAAUGGCAUAUCGGUGGUGCAAGAGGAAAUCCAGAAACAAGGAAGAAAGCUUCAACAACGAUUUGGUGCGGAACCAAUUAACACUCCAAUGAACGCAAAACAAGAGCGGCGAUCGCGGGAGGCCGAAGUCUCGAACGGAUAUCUUCAGAUGUUGAUCAAUGUAGGAUAUAUGCCCGAGUUCAAAGGGACACGGUCUGCACGAAAGACGAUUAAAAUGUAUCGCGUCAAGAAGAUCACCACACCCACACAAGUUGUAAUAGAGAAAAACAUGUUAAUGGAAUUUGGUAAACGCCUCGACCAUGUAGUCAAGGAACAAUUUCAAAAAGGUCUUCGAACAAUGACAAUCACUCCGGAGAUGAUCGCCCUAUGUGAAGACGCGGCAGUUGACAUGAAACUUCCAGACAUUUUGAAUCAACAGCAGCCAAAGAAGAAAAAGGAUGCUUUAGAAGAUGAUACAUCGACGGAGGAUAUCACGCAAACGGACGACUAA